CGAGCUGCAACAUCGACUCAACAGCAACAACUACCCCCAUCACAACUGCAUGCUUAAGCGCUCACCACUACGCGCAAUAAGCCUGAGAAUCCCCGCCGCUCCGACAGCCACCCUCUCCCUCCGCCCUCACCUCAUCCCCCGAUCCUCUCUCUCCACCAUGGCGUCCGUCGACGAGCGUAUCAAGGAGCUGCAGGACAAGAUCAAGGCUCUCAAGGUCGCCAAGCAGGAUGCCUCCAAGGAAGUCGAGGAGAUGAAGGCCCUCAAGGCCCAGCAGUCCAAGGACAAGAAGGACGGCCCCGCCGGCUUCCAGCUCAAGGUGCCCAAGGGUACCAUUGACCACAAGCCCGCGGCCGCCCUCCUCCGCAAGAAGAUCUUUGCUACUCUCGAGGGCAUCUUUGCCAAGCACGGUGGCGAGGUCAUUGACACGCCCGUCUUUGAGCUCAAGGAGAUCCUCGCGGGCAAGUACGGCGAGGACUCGAAGCUCAUCUACGACCUCCAGGACCAGGGUGGUGAACUGUGCUCGCUUCGCUAUGACCUCACUGUCCCCUUCGCGCGCUACCUCGCCAUGAACGGCGUCACGUCGAUGAAGCGCUACCACAUCGCCAAGGUCUACCGCCGUGACCAGCCCGUCAUGUCCAAGGGCCGCAUGCGCGAGUUCUACCAGUGCGACUUUGACAUUGCCGGAACCUACGACCCCAUGGUCCCCGAUGCCGAGAUCCUCUACAUUUUGAUCGAGGCCCUCACUGCCCUCGACGUUGGAGAGUUCACCAUCAAGCUCAACCACCGCAAAAUCCUUGACGGUAUCUUUGAGCUUGCCGGUGUCCCUGCGGACAAGACCCGCGCGAUCUCGUCUGCUGUCGACAAGCUCGACAAGCUCCCCUGGGCUGAUGUCAAGAAGGAGAUGACUGUUGAGAAGGGUCUCGAUGAGGCCGUCGCUGACCGUAUCGGCCAGUAUGUUGGCCUCAAGGUCCUGACGGUUUUAGGCAAGGGACGUGAGGUCCUCGCCACCCUCCAGGCCGACGAGAAGCUCAACACCAUCGCCUCGGCCAAGGAGGGCCUUGCCGACAUUGCCCUUCUUUUCGACUACCUUGAGCACGCUUUCGGUGUCCUCGACAAGAUCAGCUUUGACAUGUCGCUCGCCCGUGGCCUCGACUACUACACUGGCAUCAUCUACGAGGCGAUUGUUGAGGGCUCGGCUCCCCCAGCCCCCGCCGCUGCCGAUGCUGCUGCCCCCGCCGCCGCCGGCAAGGGCAAGAAGGCUGCCAAGAGCGCGACUGUCAACGAGGACGGCGUCGACGAGAGCACCGUCGGUGUCGGCUCGAUUGCCGCCGGUGGUCGUUACGACAACCUCGUCAACAUGUUUGCCGAGGCUGCUGGUUCCAAGCGUGACAAGGUGCCCUGUGUUGGUGUGUCGAUCGGCGUUGAGCGUGUGUACGCCAUUCUCGAGCAGCGCCGCCGGGCAGAGGCCGCCAAGCCCCGCGAGAAGGAGACGGACGUGUUCAUCCUCUCGCUCGGCAAGGAGGGUCUCCUCCCUGAGCGCAUGAAGCUUGCCCGGAAACUCUGGGAGGCCGGCAUCAAGGCCGAGUACCAGUACAAGGCCAAGCCCAAGGCCGAGCGCCAGUGGGCGCAGGCUGCCGACGACCAGGUGCGCUUCGUGGCGAUCCUCGCGCCCGCCGAGUUGGAAAAGGGUGUCGUGCGCAUCAAGGAGCAGGGUAUCGAGCGCGCCGCGGGUGCCGACAAUGGUGAGGAGGUGUCGCUUGACAACGUUGUCGAGUACCUCAAGGCUCGCCUCGGUUAGGCCGCGCGAUAUUGUACAUAGCAGACUGAGUAGGUAGCAUUGAGUGGCAUCGAGGAGCAUCUCUGGGUGCCAGCAUGCACAUAUUGUAGAGGGCG